AUGUCCAAACGCAUGAGGAACACGGAGGUGUGUGCAGACUGUUCCGUCCCAGAACCCCGCUGGGCCUCAGUAAAUAGGGGGGUGUUUAUUUGUGAUGAGUGUUGCAGUGUUCAUCGAAGUCUGGGCAGGCACAGCUCACAAGUUCGCCAUCUGACUCACACGCCAUGGCCUCCUACACAGCUACAAAUGGUUCAGAUGUUAUACAGCAACGGCGCUAAUUCAAUUUGGGAGCACUCUCUUCUGGACCCAGCGUCUGUAAUGAGUGGAAAACGCAAGGCCAACCCCCAAGACAAAUUGCACCCCAACAAAUCAGAAUUCAUCAAAGCUAAAUAUCAGAUGUUGGCAUUUGUCCACCGCAUACCUUGUCGGGAGGAUGACAGCUCAACAGCCAAGGACUUGAGCAAGCAACUCCAUUCAAGUGUUCGCACUGGGAAUCUUGAGACCUGUUUGAGGUUGCUCUCCCUAGGAGCUCAAGCAAACUUUUUUCACCCUGAAAAGGGAAACACUCCCUUGCAUGUGGCCGCAAAGGCAGGGCAAGUCUCUCAGGCUGAACUCUUAACUGUUUACGGCGCCGAUCCUGGAGCCCCAGAUAGCAAUGGCAAAACUCCCAUUGACUAUGCCAGGGAGGCGGGACACCAUGACCUAGCAGAUCGACUGGUAGAAAUUCAGUAUGAGCUGACAGAUCGGCUGGCGUUCUACCUGUGUGGAAGAAAACCAGAUCAUAAAAAUGGGCAACAUUUCAUCGUUCCUCAAAUGGCUGACAGGAACAUCAGUUUAGAUUUAUCUGAACUGGCCAAGGCAGCAAAGAAGAAGCUGCAGUCACUAAGUAAUCACUUAUUUGAGGAGCUGGCCAUGGAUGUGUAUGAUGAGGUGGACAGACGAGAGACUGAUGCAGUGUGGUUAGCAACACAGAAUCACAGUGCCCUUGUGACGGAGACAACUGUGGUGCCUUUCCUUCCUGUCAAUCCAGAGUAUUCAUCCACAAGGAAUCAGGGUCGCCAGAAACUUGCCAGAUUCAAUGCCCAUGAAUUUGCAACUCUUGUCAUUGAUAUACUAAGUGAUGCAAAGCGAAGACAACAAGGGAAUUCAGCAACCAGUCCCAAAGAAAAUGUGGAACUUAUCCUGAAGAAUAUGUCUGCUCGGCCAAGCAGUGACAGCCAGGAUAAUGACCAACCCGACUAUGACAGCGUGGCAUCAGACGAGGAUACGGACCAGGAGCUCCCCUCAAGUAAAGGAGAUAGGACAAAGAGCCUGGAUUCUGACCUCUCUGACGGCCCCAUCACCAUGCAGGAGUAUCUCGAGGUGAAAAACGCGCUCUCGGCCUCCGAGGCGAAAAUACAGCAUCUCCUGAAAGCCAACAGCAAUCUGAGCGAUGAGCUGCGACUAAUGCAGAAAAAGCUGCAAUCUCUGCAAAGUGAGAACACCUCUCUUAAGCGCCAGGUCACAGCCAAUAUCUAUCAGAUCCCCAGCACAUCAGACUAUCCCGACCCCUCCAGUCCUUCGGCCCUGAAACGCCGGCAAUCCGCUCGGGCGAGUCGGCCCAUGUCUAUGUACGAGACCGGCUCGGGCCUGAAGCCCUAUCUCCCUAAAGGGGAAAGUCCUUAUCCAGAGGAGGCUAUCCCCACCCUGCAUCCCUUUCCACCUCAUAAGGAAAAGGGUGCUUUUGUGACCACCUCUUCAUCCCUCCCCUCAUUUCCGUCCACCCUGUCCUGGUCCAAGGAUGAAAGUAAUCUAAAGGCCUCCAAGUUGGACAAGCAGAGCAGCAUGCCCGAAAGCGAUUAUGACAAUACAUUCAAUGACUCAGAGGUGGACGAUUCAGGCGUGUCCAGAAGAGGGAGGCUGAGGAGCAGCGGCCGAUUAGGGGAGGGCAGCUCUAUCCCUGAGCUGGACGACGCGGAGGUGGAAUCGGACCCGACCCUACCAAGCACCGAGGAUGUCAUCCGCAAAACCGAGCAGAUCACUAAGAAUAUUCAGGAGCUUCUGCGAGCAGCUCAGGAUAACAAACACGAGAGACCGUGUGAGCGUGAAGCCGUGCGCCGCCUCAGGCACAGUCUGGGAUGUUUCAGCACUCUGGUACCCUGGGCUGAGAAGCCCUCCGCCCCUCUUCAUCCACUCAGCCUGCGAUCCCCCGACCCCUCCUCCUGCUUCAUACCCUGCUCAGAAAGAAUACACGUAGCUGUAACAGAAAUGGCUGCUCUCUUUCCAAAGAGGCCACGCUCGGAGACGGUAAGAAGCUCUCUGCGCUUGUUGACGUCCAGCGCGUGCAGGCUUCAGGGCGAAUGCCGGAAGGCACUGCCUCCAGAAGGCUUCCCAGGACCGGACAUGCAGCUUGUCACCCAGCAGGUCAUCCAAUGUGCUUAUGAUAUUGCCAAGGCAGCCAAGCAGCUUGUCACCAUCACCACUAAGGAGAACACCAACUGA